AUGCUGGAAAAUAACUCAAAUAUCAACCCGAAUUCAUUGAGAAUGGACAAAGAGCUGACACAAAUGGCUCGCAACAUUGCAAGACGGAUCCAGCAGCGAAUCGGUGAAGUAGAGAAGAAAGCAAGCGAUUUGGAUUCGUUUUCAAGGGAAGUGUCCCUCAGAGUGGGUAGUGUGGGCUCCAAAAUGGCAAAUCUUAAACACCACAAGGUGGUAAAGCAGGUGGUGUCUACUCAAAAUAUCCAAAACACGGAUGAUAUGGCUGGGAAUAUGGAGAAAACGGAAAUUUACACACCGCAGUUUUUGGAAGCACUGAAAAACGCUAUAAUCAACGCGGGAAAAAAUAUCAACUCUAUGGAUAAUCCAGCUGUAUUUGACACGGGUCAUAUUGGAGGUCUCAUGGAACAGAACGGCUACACAAACGGUCAUCAUGUCAACAGUAACGGAAACAACGGGUAUCAUCAUGCGGAGAGUUCGGACGGCUCCGAAGAGCUGAAUGAUGAUGAAUAUGAAAGUGAUGAGCACCAAGAGAUUCAUGCGGCUCAGAAUGGAUAUCUAGACGAGAGACCACCGUUCAUUGAAACCAGACCGAAUCCAAUUGGAGAGAUUGAUGAGAGACAGUCAAAUAGACCUUCUUCUAUUGUCGACGCUAGCUCGGAGAGCACACUUGACUCAACACCCGAGAAACCUGCUGAGCAACAACCAGAGCCAAGCAACCACGCCUCUCAAAAUCCUCUCGAUCCCAUUGAGAGUGCGGAAUCUUCCCAGUCAGCAAACCCUACACAACCAUUACACGUGUCUAUGAGACCUGCCGCAAUGGCGUCUGUUAUUGGCGAGAUGAGAGAAAAAGUGGCGGCAAGACCCAAAUUUUUCGACUCCGACUCGGAUUCUGAUACUGAACCGCUCCAAAAACCAUCCACGUCUCAGAAACCAGUGGUAGUCCCAAAGCCGGCAGUUGCAAUGGAAACAAAGCCUGCAUCCUCAUCAAGCAGUUCACAACAGGGUUCAUCGACUGUAAAAGUUCCAACGUCGUCAGAGCAACCAACAACCGUUCCUCGACCCGUGCCACCACAGACCGCACCACAGAGGAAGGUUCCGUUGUUUGACACCAAGCCAAUGAUCUCUUCAAACAUCUUUGAUUCGGACUCAGAAACAGACACCGAGUAUUCAAAACCUCCUCCGAUGAAACAGGAAGUGCCAAAGGCUGUUCCGUCAAAACCGGUUGCUCAGAUUAAGAAACCUGCGGAGCCUACUGUACCCAAGAGAACUGCAAAAGUGUCUUCCACAACCAAACCAAUGGUCGGCAAAUCGCUAUUCAGCUCUGAUUCGGAUUCCGACGAUGAUUUCCUCAAAUCGUUCACAAAGCCAGCUGAGAAACCGAAACCUGUUGCAAAGCCAGUGACAAAAGCAGAAGCAACUGCACCUGCCAUACCUCAAACAAACGUCACUGAGAAGACCAUACCAGUUGCUCCAAAAGCGGUGGAUACGCCUGUUACAAAACCGAUUGUGCCACCAGUCACCCGGAAAGUUGAAAUCAAAAAACCGGUCACACAAUCACUAUUUGACGACAGUGAUUCAGACUCGGAUCUGUUUUCUACCGCAAGUAAACCCAAACUGUCGAUGCCACCAAAAGUUACUACCGCGCCUCCAAAAAUGGAACCUUCCUCAUCUGAUUUAUCUGAGCAAACAGAGUCAUCCCGCUCAAAAAAGGAGCCAACUAGUGAAAAAAUGUCUGCGAAAAUCUCGUUGAUCGCCGAUUUGCAAAAAUCCUUCCGUCUACCGGGUACCCCUCUACCUAUGCCUGUCAAAAAUACAUCGGAUACUGAUGAAAAAGAAGAAACUCCCACUGAAGAAGAAUUGGGAGUUAGUAGCAUGCUCAAGAGUCGCUGCCGUGGCCCACCAAAUCGUCGUCCACCAACUAGAAGCAACGUGUCAAAAUGA